AUGCAAGCAAACGCGCAGGGUGUCUUGUGCUUGGAUCCAAACACGGCAAAUGCAAAGUCAAAGGCCAACGCAAUUAGGAAAGGUUGCGGCCACGCAAAUAGCAGUGACGCCACAGGUUGGAGCGGAGAGGGAGGGCAGGUGGCAUCCGGUACCGAUGGCGAAACGAGGAGACUAUGCAACUCUCAACUAAGCUCUCUACCCAAGGCCCACGAACUCAUUGCUGUGAGUAGGCGUUCGUGGGCCAAGCAUGCGGCCAUGGCGUGCCUGAGCCUGGGGCGUCAUCUGGAAUGUACCCAAAGCAAACAAACCUUGUUGCCAGAGUGGCCUGUGGCCCGAAGCACGCUGCGAACAUUUCUGAGGCCUAGUGACGGUGGAAAUGUCGUCGGUGAGCCCUGUCACUCGGUGAGGACGGAGACUCGGAGACACUUGACAGGAGCCGGCCACACCACAUUCAGGUGCCCUCCGAAGCCCAAAAGUCAUGUCAACGAGCCAAAAAGGCGCGCACAUGUCUAUUUUCAAAACCCGCGAGCGAACCGACGAUACUGGAUGACAGAGGCUGGUGGAAACGGUCGCCACCAUCGAGUUCCAGCAGAGUUGCAGCGCGCAAUUAUUGAUCCUGAUGCAGCCGCGAUUGCUGAUGCGAGGCACCACAAAUCGCCAAGGGUUGCUGGAGCAAUGCUGUCACCGUCUGUUGCUGGCAGCACCGAGUCACCAGACUUAGCAACCGACACCGACACCGACACCGACGUGAACCGUCUGUCCAUUGUGCGCGCACGCUGUCUGACUGCUAGUCAAAUGUUACCGCAGAUCCCGGCGAGCGGCCACGUUCCAGCAGCAACCAUGGCAGCCUCAGCUAACGCUCUCGGCAUGCGAUCAGCGGUGGAGUGUCUAAGAAGCGACUCUCCAUUGAGUGCAAGCGAACUGUGCGAGCUGGCGCCAGAUGACGGCGAUGAUGAUGAUGGUUACGCGAACCCGCUGCAGCGGGCCUGA